GCGACCUCUUUGACAACGAGCUGUCAAACGUGUAGUUGAUGUCAGCUAGAGUAGUUUAAUUUCGAACGAAACUUUUAGUUUAGUUGUUUAGUUCUAGCAAAAGUAAUUAUAUAAUCGCACCAUGUACACAAUUUCACCUGUGUAGCUUCCGCGGACAAAAAUGACUCACAACGUGUGACAUAAAUUUACUCAUCAACACAGUUUUUCUGUAAUUUAAUGUAAUCGCUAAUCAGUAUUUAUUAAAACCCACAUUAGUCAUGGAUGUCCUUAUUCCAAUAAUAAUCUUUGUGUUAGUAUUUAUACUAUUUUCAAUAUGCGGGUUUUGUUGCAAGCGAAAACGUGAGGGUACCGUUUACGGACUAACCGGCCCGAACGUCACUGUAACCAGCCAACAUAUUUCAGCUUCGCCGGUUGUGGUGCCCCCUUAUCCAGUGGAGCCAAGACACCCGACCCCCCAGAGCAGGGCAGCGCCCGCCCCUGGAUUCGCCACACACACACCGCCAUACCCCACACAUAACCCACACCCUCUACCUGCACCAGUUCCUGGCUACUAUCCGCUAGCAGUGGGGGCUACUCCGGUCCCCUAUCCUCCAGCAGGCGCCGCGCCAUAUCCACCUGCCGUAGGUCCGACGCCCUACCCACCGGCUGGGCCCCCCUAUCCUCCAGGCACAGCGCCGUACCCCGACUAUGGGGCCCAACCUCCUUCUUAUUCCGAGGCUGUGUCGCAACCCCCAGUCCAGCCCUUGCCAGCAAAGGAGGGCUACACCAAACAGGCGCCAUACAACCCAAAUUAUUAAUUAGAGUUUUCAAUUUGAAGUGUUUCACUUUGUUGUUAUAAUGGACAAGGAUUUGAUAUGAAAUACUCUUACUUACGAGGUUGCAAGGCUCUAAGUUUGUGUUUUAAAUGUGAUACAGAGUGCUUAUUUAUGUUAAGUUCUUUUUUAUUUUGUAUGCAAUAUAUGUUUUCUUAAAUAUGUAUUUCAUUUUCCACUAUUGGAGUGUGCUACAAAUAAAUAUAUUUUAUCUAAA